ACGAAACCGUUCGACACCCUUGGCGAUUGAGCACCCCUGAGACGAAAGCCUCACCGGGCGAACGCCAAGAGAAGUGCAAUGAAAGACAGAGUAGACCGUCGGGAGAAGCAAUCCAACCAGCGAGGAGAACGGAGCAGAAUACAAAUCCGCAAGAGUGACGAAGAUUAGUAAGGAAGCGUAGAUAUUCAGAUUAGUGAAGGGACGAGAAAAUUUCAGAACCGUGUCAAAGGCGGUUAACGAAAAAUCAUCCCAACAUUUUCUGAAAUUUUCUCUGGCAUCAGAGAAGAAGUAAGAUGGACAGCACACCGAAGUGCCAGCUGUGCAACCGACCCGAAGAAGAGCAAGCCACGAUGGAAAAAUGCAGCUUGUGUACGAAAUGGGAGCAUGCUGAGUGUGCAGGACUGUUCGUGGAGAUCAAAGAUCCAGCAUCGAGGUUGGUACCACAUCCAGUAUCGACACGCAAACAGAGAGACAGUGGUAAAUGAAAUUCGUCAACGCUUCGACAUUCCCAACCUGAGAGCACUAGUGAAGAAGGUGACUGAUGUAUGCUCAUACUGUAGAGUGAUGAGGAGAUAUCCCAAGCUACCACCAAUGGCUCCUCUGCCUAAGACACGUCUCGCAGCAUUUACAAGACCAUUCAGUUACACAGGUUUAGACUAUUUCGGUCCGGUACUGGUACGAGUAGGACGAGCAAACGCGAAACGGUGGGUAGCACUUUUUACGUGCCUAACAGUUAGGGCGGUCCAUCUAGAAGUAGUCCAUUCUUUGAGCACGGAAUCUUGCAUUAUGGCAGUGAAACGAUUUAUGGCCAGAAGAGGUACACCAUUAGAAUUCUGGUCAGACAAUGCAACAUGUUUUCAAGGAGUUAGUAACGAGCUUAGAAUGGAGCUCGACGAAACCCUUGCGUUGACAUUUACGAGUCCACAUACUAGUUGGAACUUUAUACCUCCAGCAACGCCACACAUGGGUGGCGCAUGGGAAAGACUGGUGCGAUCAGUGAAAACGGCGAUUAGUAGCAUAAUAGACGCGCCUAGAAAACCUGACGAUGAGACGUUAGAAACCAUACUGCUACAAGCAGAGAUGAUUAUAAAUUCUAGACCAUUAACAUACAUUCCAAUAGAAUCGGCGGAUCAAGAGUCUUUGACGCCUAAUCAUUUUCUACUAGGUACCUCAGAUGGAUCAAAACCAAUACUAUCGCCAGAAGUAGACAAGAAAACAACCCUCAGGAGUAGUUGGAAACUAUCGCAGUACAUUACGGAUCAAUUCUGGCAGAGAUGGAUCAAAGAAUAUCUUCCUGUUAUUACAAGAAGAAGCAAAUGGUUCGACGAGGUUAGGGAACUAAAACCGGGGGAUCUCGUGUUGAUAGUAGGUGGCACAACUAGAGGACAGUGGACUCGGGGAAGGAUAGAGAAGGUAAUACCAGGGAAAGAUGGGCGAGUGAGAGAGGCAUUAGUUCGUACGUCGAACGGAGUACAACGACGAUCAGCGACCAGACUCGCUGUUUUGGACGUCUUGGAGAACGGUGAACCCAGCCCUACAAAACCUUCCUCAAGUAGAUAGGGAGAGUUCACGGGUGGGGGUAUGUUGCGACGAAACCGUUCGACACCCUUGGCGAUUGAGCACCCCUGAGACGAAAGCCUCACCGGGCGAACGCCAAGAGAAGUGCAAUGAAAGACAGAGUAGACCGUCGGGAGAAGCAAUCCAACCAGCGAGGAGAACGGAGCAGAAUACAAAUCCGCAAGAGUGACGAAGAUUAGUAAGGAAGCGUAGAUAUUCAGAUUAGUGAAGGGACGAGAAAAGUGAGUGAAAAAGUAAUUUGAAAUGUGAU